CCUUCCCACAUCUCUUCCUGCUUGUCAGGGCCACCAUUAACAGCUUUAUCAGCUGCCACCAGCCCGUGUCUGGGUUCUUCCUCUCCCUUCUCCAGAAUAAAGCUGAAGGGUGGUGAAGGUCACAGCUGGGUUACGCGCGAUUAUCAACGAAAGAGACGAGGAAUUGAACAAUUGCUUGGGAGUGAUAGCUAGGCUCCCAGCUGGCGUCGAGGCAGGAAGACCUACAUCUAGAACGAAACAAGAUCAACUAUUGGCUAGCAGCUUUUCAGGAUCAGCUGGACAGUAUCUACCGCCAACAUGACUGCGAGUAAAGACAGCCUGUUCCGCUCGGCGGAGAUGUCCCUGACCCAGCUCUAUAUUGCCAAUGAGAUUGGUCGGGAGGUCGUUAGUGCUCUGGGUGAACUCGGUGUCAUGCAAUUUCGCGAUUUGAACGCCGAAGCGUCGGCAUUUCAGCGCACGUUCACUCAGGAGAUUCGACGACUAGAUAACGUCGAGAGACAGCUACGGUACUUUCAUGGACAAAUGGACAAGUCUGGAAUUCCUCUUCGUCCGCUCGAUGACUUGCCCAAUACCGUUGCUGCGCCUACGGCGGCCGAGAUCGAUGAGCUCGCCGAGCGGAGUCAGAGCUUGGAACAGCGAAUUGUAUCACUCAAUGAGAGCUACGAGACGUUGAAGCGUCGUGAAGUUGAGCUGCUCGAAUGGCGAUGGGUGUUAAGGGAGACUGGUGGAUUCUUUGAUCGGGCCCACGGUCAUACGGAUGAAAUUCGUCACUCAACGGACAAUGAUGAGGCACCACUCCUACAAGACGUGGAGCAGCACGCUCCCAGAGGGCAGAAUGGCGAGGCGCAAGGCGAAACCUCCUUCUCAGUCAUGAAUAUUGGCUUCGUCUGCGGUACGAUACCGAGGGAACGCAUUGCCGCUUUUGAGCGAAUUCUCUGGAGAACGCUGCGUGGCAACCUCUAUAUGAAUCAGUCGGAGAUUCCCGAGCCAAUUGCCAACCCUGAGACUGACGAGAAGUCGAACAAGAAUGUCUUUGUCAUCUUUGCGCAUGGAAAGGAGAUCAUUGCCAAGAUCCGGAAAAUUUCAGAAUCCAUGGGUGCCAACUUGUACAGCGUUGAUGAGAAUAGCGAUCUUCGACGAGAUCAGAUCCAUGAAGUCAACAACCGUCUCAGCGAUCUCGCUAGUGUUUUGCGGAACACGAAACUCACACUGGACGCGGAACUCACCCAGAUUGCUCGCAGCCUUGCAAUCUGGAUGCUCAUUGUGAAAAAGGAGAAGGCAGUAUAUCAGACGCUGAACCGCUUCUCGUACGACCAGCAGCGCAAGACUCUUAUUGCCGAAGCGUGGUGUCCUACCAGCACGUUGGGGCUCAUCAAAUCGACCUUGCAAGAUGUAAACGACCGCGCUGGUCUGACAGUACCGACUAUUGUCAACCAGAUCAAGACUUCCAAGACUCCGCCAACCUACAACAAGACCAACAAGUUUACCUUGGGCUUUCAGACCAUCAUUGACGCCUACGGUACCGCCAAGUACACCGAAGUGAACCCUGGUCUGCCCACAAUUGUCACUUUCCCAUUUCUGUUCGCCGUCAUGUUUGGUGACUUUGGUCACGGUUUCAUCAUGUUUUUGGCUGCUGCCGCCAUGAUUUAUUUUGAGAAGAAGCUCGGCAAGUCAAAGCUUGACGAGAUUGUUUCAAUGGCGUUUUUCGGUCGUUACAUCAUGCUCAUGAUGGGUCUGUACUCCAUGUACACCGGCCUCAUCUAUAAUGAUGUCUUUUCCAAGUCCUUUUCGCUCUUUGACAGUGCGUGGGCAUGGCCCAAGAAUUUCAAAGAGGGAGAGUCAGUCGAGGCCCAUCUCAAGUCCGGUUACCGGUAUCCGUUUGGCUUGGACUGGAUGUGGCACGACACUGAGAACGACCUGCUGUUUGGCAACAGCUACAAAAUGAAGCUUAGUAUCUUGUUGGGUUGGGCCCAUAUGACCUACUCUCUAUGCUUCUCUUUCAUCAACGCACGCCACUUCAAAUCGCCCAUUGACAUCUGGGGAAACUUUGUGCCUGGCAUGGUCUUUUUCCAGUCCAUCUUUGGUUACCUGGUCUUCUGUAUCGUCUUCAAGUGGUCCAUUGACUGGUACGCCAUUGGUCAAUCUCCUCCUGGGCUUCUGAACACUCUCAUCUACAUGUUCCUCUCUCCUGGUACCGUCGAGGAGCCACUCUUUGGUGGCCAAGCGCCACUACAAAUAGCUUUGCUUCUCAUUGCAGUUGCUUGCGUACCUAUCCUACUCUUCCUCAAGCCCUUUUACCUACGCUGGGAGCACAACCGCGCUCGUGCCCUGGGAUACCGCGGCAUUGGUGAGAGUACGCGUAUCAGCGCACUGGACGAUGAGGACAAUGCUAGCCAGGGCAUGAAUGGCGCUGGACGUGACAGCUUUGCCAGUGACAGUGAGGGCAUUGCCAUGAUUACUCAGGAUAUUGGUGGCGAGGAAGAGCACGAGGAAUUUGAGUUUGGCGAAGUCAUGAUCCAUCAAGUCAUUCACACUAUUGAAUUCUGUCUCAACUGCGUUUCCCACACGGCUUCGUACCUUCGUCUCUGGGCCUUGUCCCUGGCUCACCAACAGCUGUCCAUUGUCUUGUGGAACAUGACGAUUGGUAUUGCCUUUUCCAUGUCUGGCGCUGUCGGCGUCAUUGCCGUCUUCUGCCUCUUUUAUCUUUGGUUCUUCCUCACCGUCGCCAUCCUUUGCGUCAUGGAGGGUACCAGUGCCAUGUUACACUCGCUGCGUCUCCACUGGGUCGAGGCGAUGAGUAAACAUUUCAUAGGCGAUGGCAUUCCCUUUGAGCCGUUCAGUUUCAAGCUCUUACUGGAAGAAGAGCCUAUUGAGUGACGAUUACGUUGAUGAUGUGCAAUUGUAACUUUUUUAAUUCUUCUAUAUACUGUACUGUACCUACAGUGUAGUGUAUUUGUACUUGUGACAUAUAUAUAUACCGUAUUUGAGAUGUUGAAAUAGUGCAUGCUAGACUUGAAUCAAAUCAGC